AUGGCAUCAAAGAGAAUUAACAAGGAAUUAAGUGAUAUAGCUCGCGACCCACCAUCUAGCUGCAGCGCAGGUCCAUCAGGAGAAGAUUUAUUCCAUUGGACAGCUACUAUAAUGGGACCAAAAGAUUCACCAUAUGAUGGAGGUAUUUUCUUUUUAAAUAUUCAUUUCCCAACAGACUACCCAUUCAAGCCACCCAAAAUUAAUUUUACAACCAAAGUUUAUCAUCCAAAUAUUAAUGCCAGCGGAAGUAUUUGUUUGGAUAUUUUGAAAGAACAGUGGAGCCCAGCCUUGACAAUACCAAAAGUUUUACUCUCAAUUUGCGCUUUAUUAACUGACCCAAAUCCAGAUGAUCCCUUAGUUCCAGAAAUUGCCCAUCUUUACAAGUCAGACAAAGCUAGAUUUGAAGCCACCGCCAAGGAAUGGACUAGAAAGAAGAGUGAAAAGUCAGUUCUCUCUUUGCAAAACUUCAUUAUCUUUUCAAAAGAAACAAAUAGUAAAGUAAAGGAAGAAAGAGGUGUACAACAAACAGAUAUUAUCACAGCGACCGAUUAUCUCAGCACAUUGAUGACAGAAACAAAAAGAGAGAGAGAGAGAGAGAGAAACGUCGUCGUCGUUUACUCGUCAUACAAUAGAUUAUCGAGAUAA